CCCACCCCCGGUCGGCGGAGCGGAGCGGAGCCCGCCCCCACACCAUGUCGCGUUACGGGCGCUACGGAGGAGAGACCAAAGUGUAUGUAGGUAACCUGGGAACUGGUGCUGGUAAAGGAGAACUCGAAAGAGCUUUCAGUUACUAUGGACCCUUAAGAACCGUGUGGAUCGCGAGAAACCCUCCGGGGUUUGCCUUCGUGGAGUUCGAAGAUCCCCGAGAUGCCGAAGAUGCGGUUCGAGGACUAGAUGGAAAGGUGAUCUGUGGUUCCCGAGUGAGAGUUGAGCUGUCGACCGGUAUGCCCCGUCGCUCGCGAUACGAUAGACCGCCUGCCCGGCGUCCAUUUGAUCCUAAUGAUAGAUGCUAUGAGUGUGGAGAGAAAGGUCAUUAUGCUUACGAUUGUCACCGCUAUAGCCGUCGCAGGAGAAGCAGGUCGCGGUCUAGAUCGCAUUCCAGGUCCAGAGGCAGGAGGUAUUCUCGCUCGCGGAGCCGGAGCCGUGGGAGGAGGUCAAGAUCGGCCUCCCCGCGCCGCUCGAGGUCAGCCUCUCCUCGUAGAUCUAGAUCUGCCUCUCCCCGCAGGUCUAGAUCCGGCUCUCUAAAAAGAUCAAGGUAUUUCGAGUCCCGAUCAAGGUCGAGGUCCAGAUCUAGGUCCAUUUCCCGGCCAAGGAGCAGCCGGUCAAAGUCCAGAUCACCAACUCCAAAGAGAAGUCGUUCUCCAUCAGGAAGUCCCCGCAGGAGUGCAAGUCCCGAAAGAAUGGACUAAAAUUGUGAAAUUCCACCUUUUAGGAAGAAAGCUAUUUUGUUUACAUUAUUAUAAGGGAUUUUGUGGUGUCUGUUUGUAAAUGUAAGGACUUGGUCCUAGAAGGGUAUUUCAACCAUCUAACAAUCAAAAAAAAAACAAACCAACGGAUCUGGAUAUUCUAAGCUCUGUAAAUUCACAUCAGUAGGGUAGUGUACAUUUUUUUGUUGUUGUUGUAUGUAUUAACAUCCUAUGAUCUGCAAAUGUGGGAUUUUUUUAUUGGCACAUUUUAAAAAUAAAAAUGUGUAUUUCUAACUAGA